AUGCAAGAUCACUAUGAGAAAAUGUACAGAACAUAUGAAAAAAUGGAAAAAUCAAACAUUGACUAACGUAUUCUUUAAGCAGGUUAGGGGCCUUAGCCUAUAAGAAUAACUACAGACUAUACCAUGCUAAAUUAAUUUGAUAAGGGAAUAACAGAAUAAUAAAAAAACUACUUGAUAAAUCUUAUGGAAACAUCCAUACUUUAUUUCUAAAGACUUUUGAAAGUAUAUUAAUUAAGUGAAAUUAACAUCUUUCCUAAAAUAUUUAAAGGAACAUGUAUUGAUCAUAUAGUUUCUAAUAAUGAUUAAACAAAAGGAAUUCCUAAAUCGGAUUUACACAUAUACGUCCGUUAUAGCAAAUAAUUUACUUAAACGGUUGCAAAUGCUGGAUUUUGUGCUUAUUCUAAUAUAGGAUAUACUAGACCUACUUUUGGAAGAAUUAAUUUUAACUUAUUAAAUAUUAAUAAAUCUAUUGCUAAUAAAAAUAGUUUCUAGGAAGAUUUGUAAACAACUAUUCAUGAAAUUUUACAUGUACUUGGAUUUUCAGGAGGCGGUAUGUACUUUUGGAUAGAUCCUAAUACUGGAUAAUAUUAUGGAAAUGAAUUUAAAACUAAAUUGUUUAUAACAAAAACUUAUAGAGGAAAAAAAACUAUUCUUUUAACUUCCAAAAACAUAGUAGAAGUUACUAGAAAAUAUUAUAAUUGUCGUUCAGCUGAAGGAAUGUAAUUUGAAAACAAUGAAAAAGAUAGUUCAAUGGGUUCUCAUUGGGAAAGAACUGUUAUUUAUAAUGAAAUUAUGACAGGAACUAAAGUAUUUACUAAUAGUGUUUUAUCGAUAUUUACAAUCGCUCUUCUGAAAGACACAGGCUUUUACCCUGAAGUAAAUGAGAAUAUGGCCGAUAAUAUAUUUUGGGGAAAAGGAAAAGGCUGCGAUUUCUUAGAAAACGCUUGCUAAA